AUGUCGCGCCUUCUUACUUUCGUCGCUAGCCUGGCGCUAGCUGCUGCCCAGCUCAGUUCUUCGUCGCUCGAGAGCCAUGUAGAUACCCUCAAUCUAGGAAGCUCUUUCAACCCUGUCAAGGAAGCUUACUGGACCGGUCUCCCUCACCAUCGCAGGACCCCUUUUGCUGUUUCUCCCGAUGGCAAGACUGCGUUUCUUGCCUACCUUGAUGCAAGCGGCAAAGGUAUCCACAUCCAGGGCGUCAACCCAAAGAACUUCACCGCUGUCGGCACUCCCAUUACCAUCAAGGACGGUAAGGAAGCCGGUGGUCUAGUGGCUCAUAACGACGGUUUUGCCCUUCUUACCAACGAGGUCGUCUCAGGAGAGUCCAAGGACCCUCUUCCCGUUAUCUACAAAUACACCAACGGCAAGCAAGCCUUCCGUACCCUCCUCGGUGGUUCUGGCUUAUCGGGUGAUGCUCUUGCCUCUCCUGAUAUCAACGGUGACCUUGUCUUCUCCGAGAAGGCUGGCUACUACGCCGCCUACAUUGUGGUGACUGCUUACAGUGGCUGGGCCUCUGGUCACUUUGGCGAUGCUAUCCGCUACAUCACUCCAGAAGGAAAGGUUGAAGAUAUCCAGGGCGCCUCUUCCUCUUGGGGUUGCUCGCAUAAUACUGGCAUCGCUUUUGAGGCCGCCGAUGAGCCUCCCUUUGCAUCACUUUGCGCCGAGGACCAGGGUGCCAUCUGGCUGAACACUGAGACCCAGGGUAUGAGCAACAACGGUGUCAAAGUCUCCAACGAGCAUGUCAUCAAUGGUGCUAGCAACGAACCCAUGGGUGGAAUGAGCGGAUCUUACAGCUCCCUCGCUCGCUUCAUCGGUUCUGACUCCUACAUUUUCUCUUGGGCUUCUCGUGGUGCUAUCAAUCUCAGUACCAACGACUGGAUGGGUGACGGCUAUACACACUCAGAGCAACGCACUACAAACCGCAACGUCGCGAUUGCUCUUUUAUCUGACAAGAAAACUCUUGUUGGUGAGCAGGCUACCUCUAAAGUCGGUGCUAAGGACGGUGACAGCCAGGUCAACUGGAUCACCGACGGUACCAACGACUGUUCCAAUGUUCAUGUCGCCGCUUUUAAUAAUUCCACUGCUCUCGUCACCUGGGAGGAGAUCUCCAACCCUGUGUGUGACAACGAGGCUAUGGGCUGCAGUGGCAAGUUCGCUGGUACCAAGUUCCAAGUUGUCAACAGCAGCGGCAAGAAGAUAGGAAAAGCUAUUACCUCUAAUGACACAUUCAUUGCUGGUGACAUGGUUACCAUGUCUGAUGGUCGAAUUUGCUGGCCUUAUGUCAGUAUGACUUGGAAUCUCAAUGGACCUGUUCAAGCUGCAGAUGUUAAGAAAAUGUCAUUCGCUUGUAUCUCCAAUAAAUGA